CUCGCGCUGGGGAGGAGUCUCGCAGCAUUGCUGGAGCUGAGGCGUUUUCUGCAGUCUUGUCGCCCUCCCCACCGACAUCAUGCUCCAGUUCCUGCUUGGAUUUACUUUGGGCAACGUGGUUGGAAUGUAUCUGGCUCAGAACUAUGACAUGCCAAACAUGGCUAAAAAGCUUGAAGAGAUUAAAAAGGACCUGGAAGCCAAGAAGAAGCCCCCCAGUUCCUGAUGCCCACCUGGCACUGCAUUCUGGACCCACCAGUUCCGUCCUGAGGGGCCUGCCUCUUUCAUAGCCACACCCGAAGCUCUGUUGCUCUCGGGUCUCAGAUCCCGUGUGUUGCCUCAGAGCCAGCACAGGCAGAAGUCGGGUCAGCUUUGCUUCCAGCAGCUCCCCCUCCUCCUGUAUCUUCUGUCCAGCUGCUUCUGAGUCCUAAGACUAUGGUGCUAGGUUAGCAAACGCGGCCUGUACUUGUACUCGCUCACCUGUCCUUUGCGAGUUCUGCCGCCUGUUGUCAAAAGAAAAAUGAAUGGAUUUGGAUAGCUGCUUUUACUGUCUAGCAGCUUGCUAGAUGAAACUCAAUCUUGUUGUCAAAUUAAACUCAGUACCUUUAAGCCA